CCCCAUUAUUAAUAGGAGCAGCCCAGCUGUCAUUUUUAGCUCUGCAUAACCACUAACAGAAAAUCCUCACAACUUUUUAAACCAUUAAAGAUCAAGAUUUUCCCUUAUCAUUUCCUCAUCAUUAAUUUUGCUUCCUUUCUUUCUUGAUUCCCUAGAAUCCUAUUUCUUGUCUCUGUUUUUUCUGUUUCCAAUUCUAAAAGAUAUAGAAAAAAAUGGUGGCUUUGGUUUCCCAAGAAAAUUUUCCAGCUCUGGUUUCUCGCACUGGUAGACAUUUGCAGCGCUAUACUAAAGCUGGUCGUCGUCAAGUUGUGGGCUGUAUACCAUAUAAAUACAAAAGUAAUAAACAAGACUUCUUGGACAUUGAAGAAGUGUUAGAAGUUCUUGUCAUCAGUUCCCAGAAAGGAAAAGGAAUGUUGUUUCCUAAGGGAGGUUGGGAAUUAGAUGAAACAAUAAUGGAGGCAGCUUCAAGAGAGACACUAGAGGAAGCUGGAGUGCUAGGCAUUGUUGAGUGUGCAUUAGGUGAAUGGAGUUUCAAGAGCAAAACACAUGACACCUAUUAUGAAGGCUACAUGUUCCCUCUACUUGUUCAGGAGGAAUUAGAUUUCUGGCCUGAGAAAAACCUUCGUGAAAGAAAAUGGAUGAGUGUGGCAGAUGCAAAGGAAUGCUGUCAACAUUGGUGGAUGAAGGAAGCCUUAGACAGAUUAGUUAAUCGACUCAGGUCUCAGAAACAACUUGAAGAGGAAGAAUUAGCAUCUUGUAUUUUAAGCUUUCAGAGCAAAUCCAACUUGUAAAUAGGCAGAAUUGUUGAUGAACACAGCCAUAGGUGGCUUUUAGAAUUUAGACCAGGCGAAGUGCAAAGGCUAGUGGGAAUUGAAAUGAACAAGAAAGGGUCUCUUUGAUUUUCAUGCUAUCCCUUUCUUAGAAUUUCAAUUAUAAAUUCUUGUUAGGUAUAUCUUAGUGGGAACGCCGGAAAAAAAAAAAGGAUCAAGAUAACAUUUGUACAACAUGGUUUCUAAAUGCAAAGAAUUUUGGAAGGGAAAAUUCAACUUUGUUUGAUAAA